AUGGCUUUGUCUGAGAUCUCUAAAUGCGUCGAAGCCACUUUUCAAGCGGUGCCACACGAGGAGACGGCAGGGCUGUGGCCGCUGGACCUGUCCCUGCCCGGCCAGCUGUCCGCCCAAGACAACGAGCACCUGUGCCAAGACCUGAGCCUGGGCCGGGGCCCGUCGUCCCCCGGCACUCAGCUCCUCUGCACCCACACAAAGCCUAACUCACCAGCCUCUGAGCAGCUGGUAAGUGGGGGGCAUGCGACUGUGCCAAAGAAACCCACCCCCGAGGAAGUCCUCACGCUGACAGUGCCCGCCUUCGCCCAGACCACUGUGCCCCACAGGCAGCUGCCGGCUCAGGGCCUCCCAGCCCUGGCCCCCGGGCUCCACUGCUCUAGCAGCCACGGCCGGGAGGGCCAGGGCUCCGUGCUGGUGUUUAAGUUUAGGGGCCAGACCCCUGGGCACCCCCCGCACCCAGCAUCCGCCAUCGACAUCCUGUCUCCAGCCAUUCGACUGCUGCAGGUCCCUCAGGGACGCACUGUCGGAGGCCUGACCAUGAAGCCCCAGCAGGAAAAUAAGCCAGGUGCCGCCGGCGGCCUGCACUCCACGACAGUGGCCCUGUCCGGCCGGGCUGCCGAGACCCAGCGAGGAAACGCCAGCGCAGUCACCAGCCCUGUGCCAGUGACCGUGCUCCCUGACGUGGUCACCUCGAACUGUAACGGGUCCUUCGAGGAGAGCAGAGUGUUCCUGGUGGUGGUGUACAGCGCGGUGUUCAUGCUGGGGCUGCCGGCCAACUGCCUGACGGCCUGGCUCACGCUGCUGCAGGUGCUCCAGGGCAACGUGCUGGCCGUCUACCUGUUCUGCCUGGCGCUCUGCGAGCUGCUCUACAUCAGCACCCUGCCCCUCUGGGCCAUCUACAUCCAGAACCAGCACUACUGGACUCUGGGCAUCUGGGCCUGCAGGGUGACCGGCUACAUCUUUUUCUGCAACUUGUAUGUGAGCAUCCUCUUCCUGUGCUGCAUUUCCUGCGACCGCUUCAUGGCGGUGGUGUAUGCCCUGGAGAGCCGUGGCCGCCGCCACCAGUGGACCGCCGUCCUCAUCUCCGUGUCCGUCUUUGCUGUUGUGGGGCUCGCUCACUGCCCAGUGUUUAAAAUGGAAGAGAAGGAGACGUGCUUCGAGGCCUCGAUGGACACCAAGAUCGCUGGGUAUUAUUACCUGCGCUUCACUGUGGGGUUCGCCAUCCCCCUGCUCGUCAUCGCGUUCACCAACCAGCGCAUCUUCAGGAGCAUCAAGCUGAGCACGGGCCUGAGUGACACCCAGAAGGCCAAGGUGAAGCACUCGGCCAUAGCGGUCGUGACCAUCUUCCUGGUCUGCUUCGCCCCCUACCACCUGGUGCUCCUCACUAAAGCCGUGGCCUAUUCCUACUACAAGGGAGACCCGGGCAUCAUGCGCGCCUUCGAAGCCAGCCUGUGCAAGCUCUCCGCGGUGUUCCUGUGCCUGUCCACGGUGAACAGCGUGGCCGACCCCAUCAUCUACGUGCUGGCCACGGACCAUUCACGGCAAGAAGUGUCCAGAAUCCACAAGGAAUGGAAAAAGUGCUCCGCGAAAGCAGAAGUCACCAAGCUCACAUGUUCGAGGGACUCAGAGGAGGUGCCACUGCCCACGUCGCUCACAAACGACUCCACGUUCCCCAGGACUGUGUACCCAUCAGAGUCGGAGCCGGCCCUGGGGGGCUCACUGGACACUCUGGAGAGGCUGUGUGAAGAGUCCCGCUGAGCCCAGUGUCCUGCAGGGCAGGGUGGCCAUCAUGGGAGC